AUGGACGCAGGUGACCUUCUCUUUAUCUUUGGCGAUUCAACGCAUCGCUAUGAGGACACAUUGAAAAGCCUUUUGCUUGUCCACGACAAUGCCACACUGCAAAGAUUCUUCACUCGGAUCGCUUCAGAACUCCGGAAAGCAAUUGGAAGUCUACCGGCCGCUCAACAAGCCCGGUUCCCGCGCUUCUCAAACACCAUCGAGUUGCUCGGCGAGAGAAAACGACAGCAAGGAGUAUUCGUUCCCAGCCUGGAACUCGCGCUCUUAUCUGCGGCCCAUAUUGGAAGUUUUAUAAAAUAUCACACAGAGGGUCGGACACAGUACCAAACCAACGCUUCAUGUCUCGGGCUUUGUACCGGUUCGCUGGCAGCGGCGAGUGUAGCAGCCAGCGGUAGUGUUGCAGAGCUCAUCGAAGCCGGAAUCGAAGCAGUUCUGGUGGCGUUUCGGAUCGGUCUUCGAGUAGCCAAGGCCAGUCAGGAUGUCGAGCCUUGUUCUCGAGAGGAGGCUUGGACUCUCGUGGUGGGAUCGCCCCAGGAGGUGGUGCGGAGCGCAGUCGAGUCUUUCGGCAAUGACACAGGGCUCCCGACACACCUACAGCCUUACAUCAGCUCCGUGACAGCAGGCAAUGUGGCUGUCAGCGGGCCGCCGUCAGUUCUGGCGAGAUUGCUGGAUGAAUCGCUCAGCCGUGCGCAGACUGCUUGGCUAUCGAUCUACGGCCCCUUCCACGCGCCACAUCUCUACAGCCAGUCGGACGUGGAUGCCAUUUUGGCACCGUGCGAUCCUUGCAUCCUCGAGAGGACACCAUCGAACGCCAUGAUAUCCGCCCGUGAUGGAGAGCGGGUUGACGCUGCUUCGGGUCGAGACUUGUUCGAGCGGGCCGUCCAGGACAUGCUGGUUUCACCGUUGAGAUGGGACCGCGUGCUACAAGCCAGUACAUCGUUGUUCUCCGGGCAUGUCGUCGUGCAGCCCAUUCUGGCUCCCUCGCAGAGUCUGUCCUCGACCUUGACCAACGCUGGCCGACGAUGUGAAGUCAGGACUGCCGACGCCCGAGCGGCCGGGACCGCUGGAACUAAGCCCAAGUUGGCGAUUAGUAAGCAUUGUUUUGAUCUCCACGCGACGGGCCCUUUUAACGCUGACCGCGUCUUCGUAGUCGGGUAUUCGGGACGAUUCCCCUCAGCAGCGUCCGCAGACGAGCUCUGGGAGAAUGUGCUCCUCCCAGGCCUCGAUGUCCACCGGGAGAUUCCUGCGGACCGAUUCGAUGUUGACGCCCACUUCGACGCCUCAGGCAAGACCAAAAAUACAUCAAAGAUCCGCCAUGGCUGCUUCAUUGACGAGCCGGGUCUCUUCGACCCUCGAUUCUUCAACAUGUCGCCUCGUGAGGCGGCCAACUCGGAUCCCGGCCAGCGACUUGCUCUCGCCACAGCAUACGAAGCCCUGGAGAUGGGAGGCUUUAUAUCGAACCGCACCCCCUUUUCGCAAGCGAACCGUGUUGGUGUCUUUUACGGUAUGACAAGCGACGACUGGCGUGAGGUCAAUAGCGGCCAAAACAUCGAUACGUAUUUCAUACCUGGCGGCAAUCGAGCAUUUACGCCAGGCCGCAUCAACUAUCACUUCAAAUUCAGCGGACCCAGCUACAGCGUGGAUACGGCGUGUUCGUCGUCUUUUGCCGCCAUACACACUGCUUGCAAUUCGUUAUGGAUGAACGACGUAGACGUUGCUAUCGCUGGUGGCACGAACGUCCUCACGAAUCCGGACAACUUUGCUGGCCUUGACCGCGGCCACUUCCUCUCUACGACCGGAAACUGCAACACGUUCGACGACGGUGCAAAUGGCUACUGUCGUGCAGACGCUGUUGGGACCAUUGUCAUAAAGAGACUUGAAGACGCCAUUGCUGACCAUGAUCCUAUCAAGGCGGUGAUUCUAGGCGCAUAUACAAAUCACUCUGCGGAGGCCGACUCUAUCACAAGACCACAUGUGGGAGCACAAGCAUCGAUAUUCAAUAAAGUCUUGGCUGAAGCUGCGAUCGAUCCCCUGGACGUCAGCUAUGUGGAAAUGCACGGCACUGGGACUCAAGCAGGUGAUGCAGUGGAGAUGGCUUCCGUCCUCGACGUUUUUGCUUCGCGCCCCCGCGAUCCAGCGCAUACGCUCCACCUCGGAAGCGUCAAGGCCAAUGUUGGACAUGCAGAAUCGGCUUCUGGUGUUACAUCAUUGAUCAAAGUUCUCAAAAUGAUGGAGAAGAACGAGAUACCGGCCAACUGUGGCAUCAAGACUCAUAUCAAUCGCAAGUUCCCCACAGAUCUGCAAGCUCGGAACGUACACAUACCUCUGAAGCGAACAGCAUGGAGACAACCGUCUGAUGGUCGCCCGAGGCGAGCAUUCCUCAACAACUUUUCCGCGGCUGGCGGCAACACGGCUAUCCUAAUCGAAGACGCCCCACAUAAGCAGCUUCACCAAGAACAUUCACUGGAGCCACGCUCUUGUUUCCCGGUUACCGUGUCUGGGAAAAGCAGGACGUCACUUCGACAAAACAUCAUUCAGCUUGUGGAAUUCCUCGUGAAAAAUCCCCAGACGUCCCUCCCAUCCCUAAGCUAUACGACAACAGCUCGGCGUCUCCAUCACAACUUUCGGACUGUCGUUAGCGGCAAAAACGUUCGCGACGUGAUCGACGCGUUGGAGAAACAAUUGGGCGGCUGCGAAGCCUCGAAGCCCAUUCCAACCUCAGCCCGUAUCCCGAAAGUCAAUUUCGUGUUUACAGGUCAGGGCGCUCUUUAUACGGGACUGGCUCGAUCUCUGUUCAAAAGCAACAGCGCUUUCCGGGAGACAAUUAAUCGAUACGACGGAAUCUGUCAGAAGCAAGGCUUUCCAUCCUUCAUCGGCUUGAUGAACGGUUCGGUUGAAAGCUUAGAUGUGGCGGGUCCCCUGCUGUCUCAGCUGGCACAAACUUGCUGUCAGAUGGCUUUAGCACACCUUUGGAGGUCAUGGGGUGUUCAACCUUCUGCAGUCAUCGGCCAUAGCGUUGGUGAGUAUGCCGCCUUGCACAUGGCCGGCGUCUUGUCAGCCAGCGACGUCAUUCACCUUGUCGGCACAAGAGCUCGAUUGCUGCUCAGCCACUGCACCGUCGACACCCACUGCAUGCUUGCUGUGAAAGCUGCUUUGAGGGAAUUAGCCCCCUAUCUGGAAGACAACAGCUGCGAAGUGGCCUGCAUCAAUGGCCCGAAUGAUAUAGUCCUCAGCGGACCCCUUGCGAAUGUCGAAGCCAAGAAACAGCUUCUCGAUGCAAAUGGCCUGAAGAGCACGAAGCUGUCCCUGCCGUUUGCUUUUCACUCAUCACAAGUGGAAGCCAUCGUUGAAGAGUUCGGGCAGGCUGCAAGUACGGUCACAUUUCAACGACCAGACAUACCCUAUCUAUCUCCUCUGCUUGGCAGUGUCAUCACUCACGACAGUCUGGAGAAGAUCGAUGUCUCUUACCUCACCCGAGCCUGUCGUGAAACCGUAAACUGGCAACAGGCUUUGUUGGCUGGCAAGCAAGACAAUGCCAUUUCCGAGCAUGAUAUCUGGCUGGAGAUUGGACCGCACCCGAUCUGCAACAACAUGGUCAAAUCCGUAUUAGGCUCACAGACAGUCACUGCUGCAUCCCUUCGACGUCAAUGGGACGAUUACGAAGUCUUGAACGAGGCUGUCUCUCUUUUCUUCCUGGCGGGACUGGAAUUGAACUGGGGCGAGAUAUGCGAUCGGCCUGCUGAAGUGCUUCAGCUGCCAGCUUACCAAUGGGACAACCAAAAUCUUUGGAUACAGUAUAGGAACAACUUUUGCUUGACCAAGGGCGACGAUGUGGUGGCCUCACCUGCCACACUGCCGGAGCAAAGCCAACAUUCUCUAAGAACCGCAGCAGUGCAGACCAUUGUAUCCGAACAGAGCGAUGGUAAUGGCAAGCGUGUCAGCAUCAGCAUGGUAUCUGACAUGCGACAUCCUGCGCUGCACGAGAUUGUUGAGGGUCAUAAAGUCAAUGGCGUCGCACUGUGUUCGUCUUCAAUCUGGGCAGACAUUGCACUGACUCUGUCUGAGUAUCUCGUACGUGCAGGCGGCGAUGGCAAGAACUUUGGCUUCAAUGUGAGCAGAAUGAACAUCAAGAAGCCCCUUGUUGUCCAGUCUGGUCCUACUAUGCUUGGUGCCACUGCCACUGCCGACUGGAAUUCUGGCCAGGUGCAGGUAGAGCUGUACAGCAUGUCGAACGGGAAAAGAACGCUGUCUCAUGCAGACUGCACAGUGAAGCUCGAGACAAAAUCCGUCUGGACAAAAGACUGGAAGCGAAUGGCCUACCUCAUCCGAGGAAGAAUGGACUCACUCGUUCUUCAAGCCAGCCUUGGCCAAAACCAAGUCAAUAAAGUGAAGCAAAAACUGGCAUAUAAGCUCUUCGGGGCCAUUGUGGACUACGGGGAUUGUUGGCAGGGCAUGCAAGAAGUGAUCUUGGACAGCGCACAACUCGAAGCGACCGCCACUGUUCGUUUUCAAACCACGGCUGCUGAGGAAGACCAUUUUAUCAGCCCCUGCUGGAUGGAUAGUCUGGGUGGCAUCGCUGGGUUCAUCAUGAAUGCUAACGAUAACAGAGAAUUCGAUUUGAGGAAGCAAGCCUUCAUAAACCACGGAUGGAGCGCGAUGCGGUGCAGUGCUACAUUCUCACGCGAAAAGACUUAUCGCACCUACAACCGCAUGCAACACGUCGAAGGAACUCUUUAUGCUGGGGACACUUACAUCUUCGACGGCGAUGAGAUUGUUGCUGUCUUUGAAGGAGUCAAGUUCCAAGGAGUUCCUCGGCAAGUCCUGGACGGCUUGUCCCCAAAUAAGAGACCACAGACCCAACCUACAAGUUCGGCAGCGAAGUCAACUACGACACCAGCACCAAGGAAGCCCUCUCUGGCCAGGACCACGAGCCUACCAGCCAUACCAGCUCCCUCGACUGUCUCCACUGUAAUAACGACAGCGUUGGAGAUCAUUGCGGAUGAGACGGGUUUGACGCCCUCUGAGCUUGGGCCUUCUACUGCAUUCGCGGAUGUUGGCGUGGACUCUUUGCUAUCGUUGAAUAUUGUCGGUCGAUUCCGAGAAUCACUUGGGCUCGAAAUUGAAUCGUCGCUAUUCUCUGAAUGUCUGACGGUCGGCGAGCUCUCGAUCCGUCUUUCAGGGACCAGCACGCCUGCUUCUACAGCUCUGUCGACACCACCUCAGGUUGAGUCUGAAAGUGACUCUGACUCUGGAGAUUCCGACCUUACAAUUCCUGACGGCGGGAAUCUGAUUGAAGUUCUACGACGUACUCUGGCCACAGAAGUGGGCGUGUCAGAAAAAGAAAUUACCGACGAUGUGGAUCUUAGCGAACUAGGAGUCGACUCAUUACUGUCACUGAGCAUUUUGAGCAUCCUGCGCGAUACGACCGAUGUUGAACUGCCUUCUUCGCUUUUUGCGGACAAUAAAUCACUCCGAGAAAUUGCACAGGCGCUCGGCUUAGACGCAAAGCCUAGUCCCUCGAAUGUCGCCGCCAGUAACGAGAAGGAAGACAAGAAACAUCAACCUGCCUCAUCGGUCGUGUUACAGGGAAAUCCAAAGACUGCAAAGAAGCUGCUUUUCCUCUUCCCUGACGGAUCGGGGUCGUCCUCAUCGUACGCUCCAAUUCCGUCUGUAUCGAACGACAUUGCCAUCAUAGGACUGAAUUGCCCCUACCUGAAGAACGCAGAAGAGCUGGCAAAAUGCAAUCUUGCGGACCUGACACCCUCAUAUGUUCAAGAGCUCCGGAAGCGCCAACCUCACGGUCCGUACUAUGUUGGAGGAUGGUCAGCUGGCGGAAUCUGUGCUCUCGACGCAGCACAGGCUUUGGUCAAAGAUGGCGAGACCGUUGCGCGGCUGGUGCUCAUCGACUCUCCCAACCCCAUCGGUCUCGAAAAGCUGCCGCCACGUUUGUACGACUACUUCAAUCGCAUCCAAUUGUUUGGCACAGCGAAACCGCCUUCGUGGCUCUUGCCGCACUUUCUCGCCUUCAUCGAAGCCUUGGAUCGAUACAGACCGAAGCCGUUCAUUCCUGGGACCGAACCGCAAACCCACAUCGUCUGGGCGGAAGACGGAGUUCUCAAGAGCGCCAGUGAACGGUUAGAGAUACAACAAAAUGAUCCUAGAGAGCUGAAGUGGCUACUAACCGACCGCACGAACUUUGGGGGCAAUGGAUGGGAAAGGUUGGUGGACGAAAUCCGGAUCACCAGGAUCGCAGGCGCGAAUCACUUCAGCAUGAUGGCGGGAGAGAAAGUCAAAGAAGUUGCGGACUUUCUGAAAAAAGCCAUGGCAUAG